ACCAGCUGUUUGGUCAGACAACGAGGACGUAAGGAAAGUGGAAGUUGGUAUCGUGAGUGACGCACGGGCCCCGAGGUGUUUCUGUUACGAAAAACAAGCCAUUGUAGAAUAGAGUAUCAGUCGAAUGGAUCAUAAACGAGCUUGAUACACUAUUAAAAAAGUAGAGACUUGUCAAAAAAACGGAGAAUAAAGUGACUUUUUAAUCCGAGUUAACACAUCUUUUCGUUUUUUUUUGUCGUGAUUUGGUGUGGUUGUUGAGAAAAAUGGCUGGUUUGAGACUGAACAGCAGUGCCCUACGUGCUUUGGCCGUCGAGUACAAGUCUCUCCAGGAAGAACCCGUCGAAGGAUUUUGCGUUAAACUUGUCAACGAAGAUUUAUUCGAAUGGGAGGUUGCGAUAUUUGGCCCCCCGGACACCCUUUACAUGGGCGGUUGCUUCAAGGCAAGGAUGAAGUUCCCGCAAGAUUAUCCUUAUUCACCGCCUACAAUUAGAUUUUUAACUAAAGUUUGGCACCCAAAUGUCUAUGAGAAUGGUGAUUUAUGCAUAAGUAUUCUACAUCCUCCAGUUGAUGAUCCUCAAUCAGGAGAGUUACCCUGCGAACGUUGGAAUCCAACUCAAAAUGUCAGAACAAUUUUGCUCAGUGUGAUAUCUCUCCUAAAUGAACCAAACACAUUCAGUCCAGCCAAUGUCGACGCGUCCGUCAUGUACCGACGUUGGAGGGAUUCGAAAGGUCGCGACAAAGAAUAUGAAAAUAUUAUAAGAAAACAAGCAAUGGCAGCAAGAGCGGAAGCUGAACGUGAUGGAAUUCAAGUACCAUUAACGCUUGAAGAUUACUGUAUUAAAACGCAGGUGAAGCCAAAUACGUCUGAUUCGCAGGUGGAAAUGACGGAUUUUUAUGACGACGAUUACGAUGAGGAGUAUGAUGAUCCAACGGAUGGUUCAGAUUACGAGGAGGACGAAAACGACAGCGGAAAUGGAGAAUCGUGAUCUCCUAAUCGAACGUUGCGCGCUUGUAAAUUAUUCUUUUUUAUUCUACUAUUAUAUUAUUAUUAAUUUUCAUUUUAAGGUUAAAAAAAAUAAAUUAUUUUCCCUUCUCUAAAGCAAUUUUUAAUUUUUAUUUUCUUUUUAUCGUCGUUUUUGUUUCUAUUUGUAAUUAGCACUAAAUAUUUAAGUAAGUACGGUUAGUGAUCUAUCCCUAGUUGCACUGAAAGUGAUUGUUUACUAUCUUAAGCUGGGGAGUUUGUCAUAUUUCUUUGUUUAUGUCCUGGUAAUCGUAGAUAAGACUUUUUUUUAUGAUUAAAUUAUUUUUAUUACUGCACUAUUUUAAAUGAUGGUUGUGUGAGAAUUUAAGAAAAAGAAAAUUGGAGUUUAAAAAACCGUAUCUUAAAUAUUGUUUUGUUGUCGAUCUCAAUGUCCUGGUGAUUUUACGAUUACUUUUCACGUUAACUGAGAAGGAUAAAAACUUGUAUAUAAUUAAAAACGGUUUUUCGUUUUUAUAAAGAAAAGAAAAAUUAAACAAAUUUCCUUUAAGUUCAUGUAAAUAGCGUCUCAAUAGAUGAUGUGAAUUAACAGUUAUUUAUUUAGCCUCUUAGGAUAAUAUGAUAAAGUAAUAAACGUAAUUUUCAGUUCCAUAAAGUAUUAUUGAAAAGAAAUGUGUUGAAUUGAAAACGGUUGCCACAAAACGUUGUCUCGUAGAAUAGAACGUUCGGUUUUGUGUGAUCGUUACAUCCGAUUGAUCAUUUUUUGCCUUACACUGAUGGAAUUAAACUGUAUAUUGUUUCUGUUUAACUAAAAUUUAUCAUAUUUUCACUGUGUUAAUGUACUUCUGUGGGAUUUCGAGUUAUUGUAAUGUCUUAAUCCUGAAAUAAAUGGUUCUGAAUUGUC